GUUUAUCACUCGAGUUUUGUGGAUGAAGAAGGGAUAACAAAGGCAUGUGGUUGUCCAUUGCUUCCUCUCAAGAGCCAUAUAAAGGGUCCUGCACCUGUUUCAGAACAAGACAAAACGGAUAUCGUGGACGAGGCAAUCACGUUCUUCCGCGCGAACGUUUUCUUCACUAACUUUGACGUCAAAAGUCCUGCUGAUAAGCUCCUUAUCUACUUGACGUUCUACAUAAACGUGGCGUUAAAGAGGCUCGAAGGCUGUAGAACAUUAGCUGUAGGAACUAAGGCGAUUAUCAACUUGGGUUUAGAAGAUAUCCCUGUUCCUGGAGAAGCUGGCUUUCCUUUUCCAGGUCUCUUUUCGCUUCCUCCGUCACAGGAAGAAGCAGAUCUUUUCAGGAACUAUCUGAAGCAGGUUCGAGAAGAGACUAGUGGGAGGCUGUUGAGUGUAGCGUACAGAGCUAAUGGGACACCAAACAAAUGGUGGCUUGCAUUCGCCAAGAGGAAAUUCAUGAACGUGGUUGUUCUCUAA